CCUGAAUUGAAUGUGUGGGCUGGGCGCUGUGUUUUUUUGAGGCAAUAAUAAAUGGUUUUAGACAUCGUCAGAGAUCUAUAAACACACCAUGAGUCUGACCAUAGACCAAGUGUUAGCGGACGCUAAGCGGCUGGUAGAGAGACUACGAGAUCAUGACAACGCGGCCGACUCACUAAUUGAACAAUCCUCCACUCUCAACAAACGGAUUGAAGCCAUGAAACAGUACCAGGAGGAAGUUGAAGAGAUGAACAGCGUCGCUCGUCACCGUCCACGCUCCGCCCUCAUCCUCGGUAUCCAGCAGGAGAACCGACAAAUCCGCGAGCUGCAGAGAGAGAACCGGGAGCUCCGGGUGGCGCUAGAGGAACACCAGUCGGCUCUUGACCUCAUCAUGAGUAGCUACCGAGAACAGAUAUGUCGGAUGCUGAUGGCGAAUAGAUUCGAUAAAGACUGCUUGGAGAAGCAUGCUGAGCAACAAGAAAUGUCAAUCGCAACAACAGCUAAGAUCAUAGAGAUGGCCGCCGUAAUGAAGCAAGCGAUUUUCCUGGAGGAAAAAACCUCCUUCGAUGUUGAGCAGAAACUCACCAGACUCCAGGUUGAAAAUCGUGGUCUUCGUGAGCUCCUUGAGAUCAGCCGAGCCGUCCACAAGGUCCACAGCCCUGCUGCGCAGCGGGAAGACGUGAAGAACACACCCUCCAUAGAUCCCGUCGCCAAGGCUGUAAUCACCGACAACAAAGACGCCGUCAGCGACCCAACAGAUCAAUCGACCCCAACGAGGACCGAACUUAAUCUCACCCCCUCAUCAAACACGGAGAAGGACUCGUCAAAAUUGGAGAGUGAAGCCGGGGAGAAGACAGAUGGCGUGAAGACGUCAGCGGAGGAGGACGCGAGUAAAGGGACGCUCGCUGAGGGGCAGGGAGGCGGCGGUGUGAUUGAUGAAGAGGUUGAGAGUGUCCUAAGCGCUUUUGAUGACAUGACCGCCGGAUUGGACAUGGAUGAUACAGAGACAGACGCUUAGAGAGAGGAUGACCUCCUUAGGGUCAUCAAAGGUCAAUGGGUCAGAGGUCAAGAAAGACAAUGUGCAUUGGAUAUGAGCAAGUUUGAGUGUACCCAUUUUAGUUGACUCGUGAUUGACCACUGACUAGCAAAGUACAUGUACAGUGAUGCACUCACUCGGACGACUCGUUUGAAAGUGUAGUCAACCAUCGGUUGCCAUGGUAUUCAACACUUUCAAUGCCUUUUGCAUUGUCAUGGCGAUCUUUGGAGGUGCCGGAGAAAACAAGACUGAUACAUGGGAGUGUCGUGGCCGAGCGGUUAAGAGCACCGAAAUCAAACUCUGGUGUUUCUGAUCAGCAGAGUGUGGGUUCG